AUGGCAACCGAAGACGAAACCAUCUCUGCCCUCACUGGAUUCUCGUUGAGCCAUGUUCUCGAAGGACUUCAACUGCCAACUUCAGAUGGUCUUCGAAAUCAACUUGGAAUAACCGGUAUUCCUGAACUCACUUCGAAGCAAAUCUACAACGACAAGUGGGAUGAUGACGAAGCCGUGGGACCUGACCAGGGAGAGGACUGGGAGGCGGAAAUAGACAGGGAGAUGCAGGAAGAGGAGGAAGAGGAGGAAUCGAGAGUAAAAGAAGAGGUCCGGUCACCUCAGCUCAAGAAGAAGGAACGGCGGGUGCGUGUGGUGAAGAGACUCGUGGAGCGACCUCCGACAGUUGAGGAAAGAUUCCCGACUUUUGCGAAGGGAAAGGUUCUCGACUUCACCGAACUAUUCAAGGGAUACACCGUCAAGAAGUCUCGUCUAUCGAAACGACCAUACCAAGUGGAGACAGUAUAUCCUCGCAAGCGUGAUGUUCCACGGUCGUUUCUGGAGUCGGUAGUGGGCGAUGCUCGAAGUAAUGCCAACAAACGUGUUGAAGAGGUGGUGGCAGCGGGGAAUGUUGAAUUGGAUCUUCGAAGGGCUUUGGAGGAACGCGACAAAACGGACGUCCCAGUAUCGUUGCCUCUCGAUGAUAGAACGUUUGACCUCGUCCUCCUUUCCAAUUGGGAAGAUGAAAUCAUGUAUGGGCCUGGCGAUGUACAGGAACUUCCGACCACGACCGAGCCUGAAAGUACUUUGACUACGCCCGUGAAUGCUGCCCUGGAAUCCGGAGCCUGGACGCAAAGUAUCAUCUGGAGUCCGCGCGCACCUUUCCGCGACUUCACUCAGUUGGAGCUUCACGAAGAAGAACUUGUGCCUGAGGACAAACCGAGUAAGCAACACCACGUUAAUGUAACUAUGGUACACGCUAAAGUACUCUCAGGUGAGACUGUUCGACCAAGGAAACGUUUGCGGACGGAUCCCAAUGCCAAAGACAAGUACAAUCUAUCCAACGACCAAUACUACGAGGUGUCGAAAGAAGGCGCUCGUCAGCAUGUUCGACAAACCUUUGGCCAACUCGUUGUGGAGCAUGCAUACCCAGCGCAGAAACUGCAAUUGCCCUUCUACAAGACACGGUUAUCGAAGCAAGAAGCUCGUUCAUUUCAUCGGCCUGCCCUACAGAUCCCUGCAAAUAUCGAAAUCCGUUUCCAGAAAGUCCGAACUGCAAAGAAAAAGAAGGACAAGCAUGGUCGCCGUCUGGGCAAAGGCGGGAGUGCCGGCGAUGCUUUGCGCAAGACAGCGGAUCUCAGCUUGCGAGAUACAAGCAACUUUGUACUCUGGGAGUAUUCUGAGGAACAUCCCCCCAUAAUCUCCAACUUCGGCAUGGGUAGCGCCCUGGUCAAUUACUAUCGCAAGAAGGACGAGAAAGACGAAUAUGUUCCCAAGGCGGACCUCGGAAUUCCCUUUGUGCUAGAACCGCAGGACGAAUCUCCUUUCAUGAAGUUUGGUUACGUCUAUCCGGGACAAACCUUUCCUGUCCUGUAUAAUAACCUUGUUCGAGCACCGUUGUUUCGUCACAAGCCAGAAAGUACGGAUUUCUUGGUGAUCAGAAACACCGUCAAAGGGGAAUCGAAAUACUACAUCCGCGAAAUCAAGAAUUUGUUCGUCAUCGGACAGACUUACCCUGUGACGGAGGUCCCAGGUCCCCAUUCGCGUAAAAUCACGAACACCAUCAAACAUCGACUGCAAAUCAUUGCCUUCAAACUAUUGAAGAAGAGUCAAGGAGAGCGUCUCAAGAUUUCCCGGUUAAUGAAGUAUUUCCCUGAUCAGAAUGAGCUGCAGAUGCGCCAGCGCCUAAAGGCAUGUUGCACCAUCACUAGUCCUACGUUUACAUUCACUAACUUUAACACCAGGAAUUCAUGGAGUACCACCGCCGAGGCCCACAUCAAGGUUUCUGGAGACGCAGAGAUGUUGAAAAUGGUUGGCCCCGAACAAGUGGUGCUCACGGAAAGUAUGCAGGUUGGGCAGCGACAUCUCCAAGAUGCUGGCUACAGCCAAGCAGAGGUGUCCGAUGGAGACGAAUCAAAGCUGUCAGUUGAACAACAGCUGGCGCCCUGGAUCACGACCAAGAACUUCCUGUAUGCCACGCAGGCCAAGGCCAUGUUGCGGCUACACGGAGAAGGCGAUCCUUCUGGCCGCGGUGAAGCUUUCAGUUUCAUCCGAAUCUCGAUGAAGGACAUUUUCGUCAAGGCUGGCGAAGACUACGAACAGAAGCUGGCUGAGGCCGAAAGCCGACCGAAAUCUGCACAUCGCUAUAACGUUGCUGAGCAACAGCAGAUAUACAAGUCGGAAAUAGAACGAAUCUGGAAGGCUCAAUACGACUCGUUAAGCAGAACCGACAAGCCUGAGCUGACUGAGGAAGAUGAAAGGCGGGACAAGCAAAUGACCGCUGCCCUUGAAGCAGGACCUUCUGCUCGCCCCUCCCCGGCCUUCAGUCGAGCGUCGUCUAUCGACAGAGAACGUGAGGGCAGCGUUGGACCAGACGGAGCCAAGCGUAUCCUCCGGAUCAAACGCUUGAUUGACGGUGAAUGGCGAACGGAAAUUAUCCGCGACCCCGCCGUCAUUCGAGCUUAUGUUCGUGGAAGACAAGCGCUCGAAGAGGAAGCUACUCUAGCAGACCAUCUCGCUCCAACAGGUGAUGCAGACAAGGACAAGAGAGCCAAGAAGAGGCUCGAAGAGGAAAUCGCCCGAAUGAAGAAAAACCAAGAGCGGCGACUACACAGGAAGAAUGCCAAGAUCGUCAAAGAAGGUGGUGUUCCGAUGCAACUCAGCAGGCCCAUGAAGCCGGACACCACGCGACGAUGCGGUCAUUGUGGGCAGAUGGGUCAUAUGAAAACAAAUCGCAAAUGUCCUCGUUGGGCAGAGUUCAACAGCGGGACGGCACCGCCUCCUCUGACGCCCUCCAGCUCUGCAACAAGUCCACCGCCUGGGAGCGCUCCAAUACCAAUUCCAGGGACAGCUGGUUUCAACCGAAGCAGUGGGAGCUUCAGUUUCCAGACAGCAGUCCCCUCCCCUCUGGCAACCAGUCCCCCUAUGUCCGCCAUGGACGACGACUACGCACCUUCAACGCCGUCUGGUUCCGCUCCAAAGUUGAAGCUGACUCUGAAACGAAACUAG